CAUCCUCGCACAUCAAAUCCUGCACAUUCUACACACAAACACACACAAUGGCGUCGAUGGCACAAACCGCCACACGCGCGGUUCGUGAUGGCAUCUCCAGGGCCACGUCCAGCGCCAUUAGGCUCAACAACCAGAACCUUGCCACCAUCAGGCAGCAAGGAGCCUCUCACAACACCAAGCCCUCAGCAGUGCCGGGCUACGACAGGAAGAACCUGAAGGAGGGCAUCGUUCACAUUGGCGUGGGCGGCUUCCACAGGGCACACCUGGCAGCCUACGUGGACGGGCUGAUGAACAAGGGUGGCGCGCGCGACUGGGCCAUCUGCGGCGUGGGCCUGCAGCCUUUUGACGCGGCGAUGCGUGAUGCGCUGGUGCCACAGGAUUGCCUGUACACGCUGAUUGAGCGAGCGGCCAAGGGAAGCAGCGCGAGCGUGCUGGGCAGCAUCACUUCGUUCCUGUAUGCGCCCGAUGAUCCCACGGCGGUCAUCAACAAGAUGGCCGACCGCGACACGCGCAUUGUGUCCAUGACCAUCACCGAGAGCGGCUACUACUACAACGAGAACACUCACCAGCUGCUGGUCGAGCAUCCCGACAUUGCCGAGGACCUCAAGGGCGACCUGACGCGGCCCAAGACCACCUUUGGCUACCUGUACGCCUCUCUGGCGCAGCGCUACGAGUCUGGCCUGCUCCCUUUCACCGUGCUGUCUUGUGACAACAUGCAAAAGAACGGCACUAUCACGGGCAACAUGCUCAAGACCUUUGCGCGCCAUCGCAGCCCCAAGGUCGCCGAGUGGAUCGGCGAGCAUGGCGCGUUCCCCAACAGCAUGGUGGACCGCAUCACGCCUCGCACGCUGGACAACGAUAAGGCCAGCCUGGCCGAGACCUUCGGCAUCCAGGACUCGUGGCCCGUCGUCACGGAGCCUUUCAACCAGUGGGUUGUUGAGGACCACUUCGCCCAGGGCCGCCCUCAUUUUGAGGACGUCGGCGUGCAGGUCGUCAAGGAUGUCGAGGACGUCGAGCGCUUCGAGUGCCACAAGCUGCGCCUGCUCAACGCCAGCCACACGGCCAUGUCCUACAUGGCCUUCCUGGGCGGGUUCCAGUACGUGCACGAGGUCAUCGAGCACCCUCUCUUCAGCAAGUUCAUCUACAACAUGAUGCACCAGGAGGUCCGCCCCCUGCUGCCCGAGAUCCCAGGAGUCGAUCUCGACGCCUACUGCGACAAGCUGAUUGAGCGCUUUUCCAACCCGACCAUCAUGGACCAGAUCACCCGCCUCACCCUCAACGGCUCCGGCAAGCUGCCGCAGUUCAUCAUGCCCUCCAUCGCCGAGCAGAUCAUGAACAAGACACACAACCUGAAGCGCCUGUCCCUCGUCGUUGCCAGCUGGUUCCGUUACCUGCACGGCGUGGACGAGCACGGCAAGCCCUACGCCAUCGACGACCCCAGGGCCGACGAGCUCAAGGCCAAGGCCCUCGAGGGUGGCGACAGGGUCUACCCGCUCAUGGCUGUCCGGGAUCUGUUUGGUGACGAUCUGCGUGAGGACAAGAUCUUCAUGGACGAGCUGCAAAACGCCCUCGAGAGCCUGCACCGCGAGGGUGCCAUGGCCACACUGGCCAAGUAUGUGGACUAAAAAAAAAAAAAAAAACCCCCCACCACCAAAAACCGACGAUUUUUCUCCACUAGAUUGGGGCCGGUGUGCCUGUAACUUUUUUUUGGAUGAAGGUGUUUUAGGAGUUGUUCUACAAUGCGAGAACUGGUGUGUGUUAUGAUGUGUGUCUGGGAAAUGAAUUCUUCAGGGUCGGUCAUCUUGGAUAGAACGUUUUCAAGGCUAUAUUUUAAACAAAGAAGCGAAAACACUAGGGAAAGAUAUCAGGGUUUAGAUGAUAUUCUGGAUCCUAAGGGCGUCGUGGAAGCGAUAUCUUGGGCGCGGUUCAACGAGAGAGAUGUUGUUACCGGCUCUAUUACGGACGGGAGGUUUACCCACCGUGUACACUGAGACGUUACUGGGUAGAAGAGAAGGAGAAGUGUAUAGAGAGAAUAUAUUUCCAGCCAACUGAAAGGCGACUUUCUCAU